AUGAGUGUUCCUGAUAAAUAUGAUGCCCACGCUGGUGCUUUGAGCGCCGAUAGUAAGAAGAACUAUGAAAAGUUGUUGAAUGACUACACAUCUUCCUUACCAAGUUAUUGGAAAUUUGAAAUUGUACCCAAUUUCUUCAAACAAUCGGAUGAAGCUACUGAUCCAUUAAGUUUCAAUUAUUUGAAAGAAGAUUUCGGAAGAGUUUUAUCUUGGGAAGAAACAUUUUCCAAGCUUUCCGAAUUGAACAGUAAUGCUUCUGAAGAUGAAUCAUACAAGGUGUUCUUCUUGGCUAGACACGGUCAAGGAUAUCAUAAUUUAGCCAACUCAGUUUACGGCCAAAAAGAGUGGGACAGAAAAUGGUCAAAAUUAAAUGGGGAUGGUAAAAUGGUUUGGGGACCAGACCCAGAAUUAACUGAUUUGGGAGUUCUGCAAGCUGUAGAUAACAACCAUGUUUGGAAAGAGCAAAUUAAGAAAGGAUGUAAAUUACCCACCAAAUGGUUUUCAUCUCCAUUCACUAGAUCAGUUGACACUUUAAUCCACACUUGGAAGGAUAUUAUUGAUUUACAAAAGGAGAAACCUUUAAUCAAAGAAGAUUUCAGGGAAACUAUGGGUGUGCAUACUUGUGAUAAAAGAUCCACCAGAUCAUUCAUUGCUUCAAAGUAUGAACCAAAAGGUUUCGUCAUUGAAGAUGGAUUUGCUGAAGAGGAUAUUUAUUUUAAGGACGAUUACAGGGAAACUAUUGAGGAGCAAUCAAUCAGAUUGAACAGAUCAUUCCAAUUCAUUUUCGAUAAUUAUGAUGACGAAGUUAUCAACGUUACCAGUCAUUCUGGUUCUAUUAGAUCCCAGUUGUUGGUUUUGAAUCACAGACCUUUCGCUAUUGGUACUGGAGGAAUGAUUCCAGUUUUUGUCAAGGCCACCAAAGUCAAAAAUUAG